CACGUCCCAUCUUCUCCAUCCACCAUACCUUGUGGCGGUAUUUCCUGAAGUUAGAUCAAAAGAAUUUUCGUCUGGAGUUGUUGAGUGAUGUGUUGUCCAGUGGCCUUAACAUUUCCAAAACCCACCCGACCGCCCCUCAUUCUCCCCAAUACCCCAAAGAAACCUCUCAUUAUCAACAGUAAAGCAAUGCAUUAACCAGAGGAAUGUUGUCACUGAACUAUAAUUCCCUCUAUUUAAAGUGAUCACGUCAGGUUGUAGGUACUUUUCAGGAAUGAGUUAAAUCUGGAUUGUGCCCAUUCUCUUGAUUUAAAUAACGAGUGUAAAAUUGGAGUGGAGUGAUUGUGAUUUUCAACGUGAAAAAAUGGGCUUUUCUACAAGCCUCCAGGGGCAGGCAUCGCACGAGGCCCUGCUGGGUAGGCAGGACGCGGAAAUUAAACUCCUUGAGACUAUGAGAAGGUGUCUGACAACUAAAGUCAAGUCAGAUCGUGAGUAUGCCUCGACAAUAUCAUCACUCAGUAUUCAGGGUAAAAAACUUGAACGCUGUGAUGACCUCGUUGGCAGCCUGAUCACUCAGAAUCACGAAUUGUUUUUGCAGAGCUGGAGAGACAUUAUGGACUCUAUUGAUCAGACUGCCAAAUUGAUUAAGCAACAGGCGGAUUCUAUGGAGAACGUUGUUGUUGAACAUAUUAAUAAUCUACAUUCGGAGAGGAGACGAGCCAGGAAACUGUACCAGGAGGAGCAGACCUGGCUCACUAAUCAGUUUCAGCAGUUGAGUGAAGAUGUUGCCAGGAAGAAGACAGAGUACCAAAAGAAUCUAGAAAUGUACAAACUCGCACGUUCGCGGUUUGAAGAGCACUACGUGAAAUCUGGGAGAGGAGGGAGAAAGUUGGAUGACGUGAGAGAGAAAUAUCAAAAGGCUUGUCGUAAAUUACAUCUCACUCAUAACGAGUAUGUGUUACUCAUUGGUGCUGUGACAGAUUGUGAACAAGAUUUGAGGAAUUGCUACCUGCCGAGUCUUCUUCGCAGGCAACAGUCUAUUCAUCAGGAGUUCAUCGUUGCUUGGAAAAAAAUCCUUCAAGACACCGUGAAAUACUCCCACUUUGCUUCUGAGAAAUUUAUAGAGAUUCAAGCACAGAUGAAAGCUGCUGCUGAUUCUGUUAAUCCUCUCGACGAGUACAAGGAUUUUAUUGGAAAACAUCGGACUCGACCGGCGUCACCUCUUCGCCUCUCAUUCGAUGAGAAUUUAGUGGACAAUACGUCUGGCAAGCUACUACCAAACAAAUUGACCGUGGAUAAUCUAACGAUUGAUUGGCUACGUGGUCGUUUGACUGAGCUCGAGAGUUCCUUGAAGGCAGCGCAGCAGAAUCGCCAGAGUAUACAGCCAACCGAAAAUAACUCUGAUCCCAGCAAGAAGACGCCACUAGAUUAUUCUAGAGAGAGAGAAGAGCUGAGAUUACGUUGCCAGGAGAAGAAAAUAUCACGACAGGCGGAAAUGAUUCGUGGGGCUUUGAAUGAAUUGGGGUGCGAGGAAUUACCGUCUGGAUGUGAUCUGUCCAUGGAGGGAUCUUUCACAGAACCCUCAACACAACCGAAAGUGCCCAGUGGAUUGAAUAACUCCUCCAACAAUGAGAAGAGCAGUGGAGGUUUGAUCGAGGAGGAAUGGUUCCAUGGAGUAUUACCCAGAGAAGAAGUAGUUCGAUUGUUGGUGGUCGAAGGUGACUUCUUAGUGAGAAAAACCACCCGCAAUGACGAGUGUCAAAUUGUUCUAUCUGUAUGUUGGGACGGUCACAAGCAUUUUAUUGUUCAAACAACAUCGGAGGGUCAUUAUCGUUUCGAGGGUCCGACAUUUCCCUCAAUUCCCGAAUUAAUAAGACACCAGUGGAAAUCUGGCCUGCCAGUCACUAGUCGAUCUGGGGCAGUAUUAAAGACUCCAAUUCUGAGAGAGCGGUGGGAGUUGAAUAACGACGAUGUUAUUCUACAGGAGAAAAUAGGACGUGGGAAUUUCGGAGACGUUUAUAAAGCGAAAUUACGCUCGUGUCAGACGGAAGUAGCUGUAAAAACGUGUAAAGUUACGCUGCCUGAUGAGCAGAAGAGAAAAUUUUUGCAAGAGGGACGAAUACUUAAGCAAUACGAUCAUCCAAACAUUGUUAAACUCAUUGGUAUUUGUGUGCAAAAACAGCCUAUUAUGAUUGUCAUGGAACUAGUAGCUGGGGGCUCUCUCUUAACGUAUUUGCGGAAGAAUGCUUCGACGAUUGGCCAGAGGGAACAGUUUCGUAUGUGCAAAGAUGCAGCCGCCGGAAUGAGAUAUUUAGAGUCGAAGUAUUGCAUUCAUAGGGAUUUAGCUGCCCGCAAUUGUCUCGUUGGCAAUGAAUCGAUUGUCAAGAUCUCAGAUUUUGGAAUGUCUAGGGAAGAGGAGGAGUACAUUGUCUCAGAUGGAAUGAAGCAAAUUCCUAUCAAAUGGACUGCACCUGAAGCUCUUAAUUUUGGCAAAUACACUUCAUUAUGUGAUGUUUGGAGUUAUGGAGUUCUAAUGUGGGAGAUAUUCUCAAAAGGAGGAAAUCCUUACAGUGGAAUGUCUAAUUCACAAGCUAGAGAAAAAAUUGAUGCUGGAUAUCGAUUGCCAGCGCCUGACAACACGCCCGACGAGGUCUAUAAACUAAUGCUAAGAUGCUGGGAUUACGAGCCCGACAAAAGGCCACAUUUCGAACAAAUUUACAACAUAAUUAAUGCCCUGUGUCAGUCGCACGUUUGAAUAAAUUAACAACAAGAUUGCUCGUCUCAGUAAUUCUUUUCGCGUCCCCGUUAGCGACAAGGGAAUUAGAACAUCAAGACUCAUUGGAAUUCCAAAUUCAUGUAGGUAGAAGUAAAAAAACUAGGAUUGUAAUUCCUUAUAGUGUUUGUAACAUUCGACGAACGUUAGAAUUAGGUCAGGUAUUUGCACGUCUGAUGGAGAUUUCAGUGUUCUCAGUAUCGGCGAAUAUAACUAGUACUUGUAUUACGCUUCUGAGCGGUUCUGCUCAUCGAUAUUUUUGAUACAGAUUUGUGAUGUAACUCUAGAAAUGUGCACUCGAGUAUUGACCCGAAUCAUCAAUUCGAUUUGUACAGAAUUUGUAUUUAUUGUUAAUUAUUAAUUUAAUGACGCCGUUUAUUAUUAUAUAUUCAUGAGAAGGUUUGUUUAUUUAAACCGUUUAAUUUGUUCAAGACGCUCAUUGUAAAACAUUCAGGAUGUCAUUAUUGUCAAAUUUCUGGAGCAUAUUAUUUUAUUUUCGCAAUAGCAAUUUAUGUCAGAUCACUUUCUGCGACUAAGUUUUUAUACAGAUGAUUUAUUUUAUCAACGUUGUCUAGAUUACGAAUUUAUUGAUUAUCUCUCAUGUUACGAAAAUUAUGUUCUGCUGUUUGGAAGCUGAUCUCCGGCUUAUCUCCUCCUUUUUGUUGAAUCUGCGCUGUGCAAUACGUUAUUUACUUACAUACAGAUGUUUGCAUUUCAAUAUAAAAACGAGUGUAACGAUUUAUUUCGUUCUGAAUAUAAUAUGAUUAAAGUCUUGUUUUACUGCAUAGAAAAAUUAA